AUGGCAGCGCCAGUGUCGACGACUCCAGAGAGGAUGAAUGAGAAGGCGGACCAGAGGGAGGUCACAGACAUGGAUAUCGACCUGGACCGCAUGGCCAACCUGCGCUUGCAGAGUCAGUACAGUGCCUUGGACGUCACGGCCGUCGCAAAUGGGGACCACGCUGAUGACGCUUUUGAUCCCUUUGCUGCCGUGGCCUUUGGCAGCGCCCAGGAUGACGUGCAGGCCGGCCACACCGCCGGCUGGCGUGAUGGUCAGCGCCAGGGCCUUGCCGACGGCUUUUUAACUGGUUCCAAGACGGCCUUUGACCUGUUCAAAGAGAUGGGCUAUUACCGCGGCUGCUGCCAGUUUUUUGCUGCUGCAUACGCGCCGCUUGCCGCCCCGUCUCGUCGCGCCCUGAGCCGCCUUGAAACUCUGCUUGACGAAGCUGACGCCGUGACCAACGUUGCUCAAUUGGAACCAGAGGCCACCAUCCGCACUCUCCGCCAAGCCUACAAAGUGCUUUGUGUCACCCUCAAAGUUGAACAACCCUACACCUUUGAGCCAACCCAGUCCCAGCUGAGCUUUUGAAGGCGGCCUUUGGUCCAGAGCAAAGACGGCGCAGGCCCCUCGAGUCAAAAAAAACUUAUUUGUCAAGACAAGGCAGCUUGGCAGCCCCGCCCCGGGCGCCGCCGUGGUCCUUGGCAAUCGUUGCCCGGCACUGUUGGGCGAUGUGCCCCAGACAAGAGACCUCACGACACUUGUGGCGGAAGCGGCUUCUUUAUCAUAUCGCGAGAAUACGUGUCCUGGAGCAGCCGAAACGUGGCAGACCGACCCAGUUGGUAUGCCCGACACCGCUCCUACGCACCACCCGGGACCCAGGUCCACAGUGCCACACGCACCGCAGCAACGGCAUGAGUUCAACUCGUCCCUGACAUGCACUGCAAAGAGACGCAUUCGAGUGGCUGGCCCGUCUUUCCUUCCCCCUAGCCAUCAUUCAGGACCCCUGACCCACCUCAAGCCGUGCAAACUGCAUUUCCGGAUGACGACCCGGUUCACCGCGGCACCGCCGCAUGGCCUCUGCGUGCAGGGCUCGAAAUUGUUUCAGCUCCUCUGCAAACGCCACCUGCAAGCCCAUCGAGCCACCGUCAGCAAGCUGACUGUUGUCAUUGUGGCAAUUCAAGCCCCGUGUCGCAAGCUCGUUGCCCCGCCCACUUCUCUGCCAAACGCUUUGCGCGAACCUGGCGGUCUAUUUUGCCCCAUAGCGUCUCAUUGGCACGCAUGUAGAUUUUGGUGUCCCACGAAUUGAGU